CCUUUUGUUAAUAUUAAAAGUAGUCUUUUAUAGUCAAGUGUAUUCAACACCGAAUUACGAAUGUUUAUUGAGAUUUGAGAAUGAACGCUAUAAAAGUCGCACGCUGGAGCCGGAUCGGAACAUUCAAGUAUUGUCAAAAAAACAAAAGAACGGUAACUCCGAAAAGCAUUUUGUAUAAUACUGACGACGACUAAAGUGCAGUCGAAACGUGGAUUCAUUAAAGCUACAAAAUGUAUUUUCGGAGUUACUGCUCUUUUGAAUUUUAUAAACAUGCUCAGUGGUUCGUGUACUUAUAUAUUUUCAUGUUCCAUGUAUUUUGCGGUGUUCAACAUUUAAAUGAGCUGCCAAAUUCCAAUAUCACAGUUAGUUUACUGUUCCAGAAUGUAAUGAUAGUAAUGUACAUUUGAAGUUCCAAAAACUGCGAUAUUUGGCAUCCUUUUAUUCUAGCUUUUGUAUUUUUUUAGGGUUGGGGAUAAAAACAACUCCCGUAGGAAUAGCGCGAAUCGAUUACAGGGCCAAGCAUGUCAAUGGAAGACAUAAGGAAACUGGACAUCGAGGCUUAUGAUAUACUUCAAGAUGCCAGUGUUAAUGAAGAUAUGUUAAUGGAUUUCAGUCGGGAUGAUCUAAAAGACUUGUUUGCCGGUGCAGAUAAAUUUUUGUUGAGAAAAAAGAUUUGGAAUAUUAUUGAGAAAGCUAGAGGAUGUAAAGAAAAAAUGUUAGAGUCUCCUAACUCUGCAAAAGUAAAGAUUAAUCAAACCCCAGUGGUAAAUCCUCAAACUCCUCCUGUACAAAAACAUUUGGGAAUUUCGCAGUCACAACUAUUGCGUUCACCUUCUUCCUGGUUGGAGAGUCCCCCUAGCCCUGCAAGUGUUGACCUAACUUCAAGUCAGGUGAUUACCCCAGCACCUUCUCCGGCCUUUGUUGUAUAUACAGAUAACGAAAUUGUCUGUUCAGCCAAGACUGGUGAUAUUUCGCAAGAUCUGUUUAAUAGAUUGAUACGAAAUACUGUGUCAAAUAUGCGAUCAGCCUGUCAUAGUUUACCUGUACCAAGGGAGCCAACAUCCCUGGAAAUGGGAGAAAUGGCCAAGGUUCUAUGUCAAAAGUAUCCCUGUUUAGAAAGAGCUUCAGAGUUGACAGGAAGUGAAAGCGGUCAUCUUUUUGUGUUGUCCAAAAUUAAAAAACGUCUUGGAAAUGUUGUCCCAGCUAAGAAAAGGCAAGGAAAAGUGCCUGCGAGAUCAAAUAAACGUAUUAAAUUAGACAUGCCUGAACUUGGUGAUUCGAGUGAUCCUUUGAAAAAAGGGUCAGAGAGUGAAUCAUCAUCUACUGAGACAACAGACGGAUCUAAUGAAGACACCGGUCUUUGCGCAAGGCAUUACAGUGCAUUAGAGAGAGAACAAAGGAAGUGUAAACCUAACCCAAAGGUGAUUAACAAAUAUUUGAAUCUAGAGUUCUCGUCUAGAAGGCAAUUGAUUCAAGAGACGAAGAAAGAUGAGAGGCCAAGCAAAAUACUGGAGCUCUACUAA